ACAAAACACAAACACCAACGAUGAGCGACAACAAAAGCCAGCAGUUGAGGGAUGUGGUGUGCGACAUUGCUGUGCACCACAUGCCGCACGACGCAGCACAGCUUGAGGAUGAGGAUGUCAUUGGAGCAGCGAUACAGCACAUGUGGUGGAACUACAUCGACGACCACCAGGGCCAGAAAGGACUGCCCAACCUGUCAGAGGAGGAGUUUGUACGCUUGGUGUUCAAGUACAUCAAAGCAUUACAACCCAAAGCCAAGCACGGUUGGAAGCGCUACCAAGCGUUUGUGAAGCGGGGUUGGCAGAAGGUGACGUGCGGGGUGGCGCUGGUCGACCCAACAAGAACAAAAGUGUUGCUGGUCAAGGGCCACGAUGCCACCACUUAUGGGUUCCCAAAGGGCAAGCUUGAGGAAGGCGAGGACUUGCUGUCCUGCGCCCUUCGCGAGGCAUAUGAGGAAGACACAUUUCCGGUGUGACAUGUACAUCCAAGAGGAGGACGUGCUACACAACGCCAAUAG